GUCAACUCUUCCACGAUCAAUAUUCAUUCACCCUUCCCACAGGCAUCAUUCCCAUGCUAUUGCAGCACUCCCGAUGCGAGGAUGCCUGCAGUUAGCCAGAUGGCUGAGCGCAGCACCAAAAUGGCCUGCCUCAAGCCUUCUUAAGGCACCCUCCGGCUCUUGCUUCGCAACUCGGCUUUUCACCACAUCUUCCCCCUAUCAAGCGUCAAGGGGAAGUACGGGCAAGUCUAUGACCGAUCUCGAAACAAGGAUCUCCGCGAUUCCAAUUGAAAGAUUCCGCAAUUUUUGUAUCGUUGCCCACGUUGACCAUGGCAAGAGUACCCUUUCCGAUCGACUGCUGGAACUUACCGGUACGAUCGAGCCUGGAAUGAAUAAACAAGUUCUGGACAAACUUGAUGUCGAGCGGGAGCGGGGAAUUACAGUAAAGGCACAAACAUGCACAAUGAUCUACAACCACGAAGGAGAGGACUAUCUUCUACAUCUUGUCGAUACGCCGGGCCACGUUGACUUUCGUGCGGAGGUGUCGCGGAGUUACGCCAGCUGUGGAGGCGCAUUGCUCUUGGUGGAUGCGAGCCAAGGUAUUCAAGCGCAGACGGUCGCCAAUUUCUACCUUGCGUUUUCCCAGGGUCUUGAGUUGAUCCCUGUCAUCAACAAGGUUGAUCUUCCGUCGGCCGAACCGGAGCGGGCUCUCGAGCAAAUGAAGCAUUCGUUCGAACUUGAUACCGAGGAUGCAGUGCUAGUUUCGGCCAAGACGGGGCUAAAUGUGGAACAAUUGCUUCCUACUGUGGUGAACAAGAUUCCUGCUCCUGUAGGUGACUCAAAGAAGCCUCUGCGUAUGCUCCUCGUCGAUUCCUGGUAUGACUCCUACAAAGGCGUGAUAUGCUUGGUCCGGAUAUUCGAUGGCGAACUCCGGGCCGGUCAGCAAGUGGUGUCUUUCGCAACGGGUCUCAAGUAUUAUGUCGGCGAAGUCGGCAUCAUGUACCCGAACGAGACUGCUCAGACCGUCCUCCGUGCUGGGCAGGUGGGAUAUAUAUACUUCAAUCCGGGCAUGAAAAGAAGCAAGGAGGCGAAAAUUGGUGAUACCUUUACGACAGUGGGGUCUGAGAAACUCGUUGAACCAUUGCCUGGAUUUGAGGAGCCGAAAUCAAUGGUCUUUGUGGCUGCUUAUCCCGUGGAUGCUGACCACUUUGAACAUCUGGAGGAUAGUAUCAAUCAGCUGGUGCUGAACGAUCGCAGCAUCACGCUGCAAAAGGAGUCCUCCGAGGCACUUGGCGCUGGAUUCCGAUUAGGAUUUUUGGGUACUCUGCAUUGCUCCGUGUUUGAGGAUCGUCUGCGCCAGGAACAUGGAGCUAGCAUUAUCAUCACCCCUCCGUCAGUGCCUGUUAAGGUUAUCUGGAAAGAUGGCAAGGAGGAGAUUGUCACGAGUCCCGCUCGCUUCCCGGAAGAUGAAGAGGUGCGAUCUAAAAUUGCAGAGCUUCAGGAACCCUAUGUUCUCGCUACGUUGACCUUCCCAGAUGAGUAUCUUGGGAAAGUGAUCGAACUAUGCGAAGCAAAUCGCGGCGAACAGAAGAGUCUAGAGUACUUUACAUCCACGCAAGUCAUUCUCAAAUAUGAGCUGCCUCUUGCACAGCUCGUCGACGACUUCUUCGGCAAGCUCAAAGGAUCCACAAAAGGAUACGCUUCGCUGGAUUAUGAGGAGUCAGCCUGGCAACCCAGUAACAUUGUCAAACUGCAGCUACUUGUCAACAAAGCCCCAGUCGAUGCUGUUGCUCGGAUUGUUCAUACCAGCCAAGUAGAUCGAUUGGGGAGGCAGUGGGUGACCAAAUUCAAAGAGCAUGUCGAUCGGCAACUUUUCGAGGUGAUCAUCCAGGCGGCAGUGGGACGUAAGGUCGUGGCACGCGAGACAGUUAAACCGUAUCGGAAAGAUGUCCUAGCCAAACUCCAUGCGAGUGAUGUUAGUCGACGACGAAAACUGUUAGAGAAGCAGAAGGAAGGACGCAAGAGGCUCCGAGCAGUUGGAAAUGUGGUGAUUGAGCACAAGGCGUUCCAGGCCUUCCUUGCAAAAUAAAACCAAAUAUGUACAGUGUGUAUAUUAUUAUAUAGAUACCUAGAGAAUCAUAUUGUAUUUUUAUU